AUGGGCGCCCUCUUCUUCAUCACUACCAACCAGUGUUUCAGCACCGUGUCUGCAGCGGAGCUCUUCAUCACUGAGAGGAAACUGUUCGUUCAUGAGUACAUCAGCGGCUACUACAGGGUGUCCGUCUACUUCCUGUCUAAGAUCCUGUCCGACAUCACUCUGCGCACCGUCACCUCCGUGAUCUUCAGCUGCAUCGUCUACUUCAUGAUCGGUCUGAAAUCCUCCGCCGCAGAGUUCCUCGUCUUCACGCUGACGGUGACCCUGGUGGCGUACACGGCCACCGCCAUGACGAUGGCCAUCUCAGCCGACCAGAGCGUCGUGGCCCUCGCCAACAUCUUCAUGACCAUCACCUUCGUCUUCAUGAUGAUUUUCUCAGGUCUGCUGGUGAACCUCCCCAGCAUCAUGGACUGGCUGGCGUGGCUGAAAUACUUUAGCAUCCCUCGCUAUGGCCUCGCAGCUUUGAAGAUCAAUGAGUUUGUGGGUUUGAAGUUCUGUGACGAGGCUGGGAUCAGAAACAUGUCGGCUGCAGGGACAAACUGCAGCGUGAGCGCAGCCGGCCUGACAUGUACAGGGGAGCAGUACCUGGACUACCUGGGAAUAGAGUACACCACGUGGGGACUGUGGGAGAACCACGUGGCUCUGACCGCCAUGACGUUCAUUUUCUUCAUCAUCGCCUAUCUGAAACUCCGCUACAUCAAGAAAUUCACUUAAAUGUGAUUAUUAAAACUAUGCAAAUGUAGCAUUUUUCAUUUUUGUCUUCAUGGGACCAGGCCAUUAAAUAUUCACCAAAAAUGUCAGUAUUAUAAGAAUCUAAAGUUAGAUGAGACGAGAGGAACUACUCUCAUGUUUGUGUGCUAAUAAGUAAGGGGGAAGUUAGCUUAGCAUAAAGACCUGAAGCAGGAGGAAACAGCUCUGGCUCGGUUUAAAGUUUGAAUAAAUUUACCAUACCAAUUUCAGUUGGUUGUUCUUAAUGCAAUGUCAGUGAGAAUGAAUAUAUUUUGGAUGUAUUUUUUAUUUAUGAAUAUUUGUUGUAUUAUUUCCAAAUCAGAUUUUAUUCUGUACUUUUGUAAUUUAGUAAUGUUGGUUAUUUCGUUUGUGCACACUUUCCAAAUGACCUUGAUUCUAACUAAUAACUGAUUAUUUGUAUUUGUAGAUAUUAUAUCAUUAUAUUAUAGAUAGUGUGUGUUAACCCCUUUAUGUUAGGGGUGUCAAACUCAAGGCCCGGGGGCCAAAUCCGGCCCGCGACUUCAUUUUAUGUGGCCC